AUGGGUUACCAGCAGAGCAUUCGGAAACCGGACCCGGUGCUGUCAGACAGUGUCUUUGAGAUGUUCCGAAUGAACAACAAAGUGGUCAUUAUCACCGGUGGCACUGGUGGAAUUGGGUAUCAGGUUGCUUGUGGCCUGGCAGAAGCUGGAGCAAAUAUCGCGUUGUGGUAUACCAGGUCUUCCCAAGCCGAGGAUCUUGCAAUGUCUCUCGAGAAGGAUUUUGGAAUUAAAUCAAAAGCAUACAAGUGCUCCGUGCAAAAUUUCGAUGAGGUCCAAGCAGCGACUAAUUCUGUGGUGCAAGACUUCGGUCGAUUGGAUGUCAUGAUCGCAAAUGCGGGAAUUCCAUCAAAGGCCGGUGGGCUAGAUGACAAGCUGGAAGACUGGCACAAAGUUGUGGAUAUCGACUUCACAGGGGCAUACUAUUGUGCCCGUGUUGCUGGUGAAAUCUUUCGAAAGCAAGGCUCAGGUAACUUGAUCUUUACGGCUUCUAUGUCUGGUCACGCAGUGAACGUACCCCAGCAGCAGGCUUGUUACAAUGCUUGUAAGGCAGGCGUUAUUCAUCUGGCGAAGUCAUUGGCGGUUGAGUGGGCUGAUUUUGCCCGUGUCAACUCCGUCAGCCCCGGUUACGUCGACACGCCAAUUAGUGGGGAUUGUCCAUUCGAGAUGAAAGAGGAAUGGUAUUCUCUGACACCUUUGAAACGCGAUGCCGAUCCUCGUGAGCUGAAGGCUGUUUAUCUCUAUCUCGCAAGUGAUGCCAGCACGUACACAACAGGGUCAGAUAUUGUGGUUGAUGGUGGAUAUACUUGCCGAUAA